AUGGCUGACAAUGAGGAGAAGCGAGUCUUCUACCAACUCUUCCAGGUGGCCGAUACGACCAACCUUGGCGUCAUCACCGGCGAGGUCGCCGUACCUUUCUUCGAGAAGACCAAAUUGCCCCCGGAAACGCUCGGUCUGAUAUGGCAGAUUGCGGACAAGGAGAACAGGGGUCUCCUGACCCCGUCGGGCUUCGGGGUGGUUAUGCGGUUGAUUGGACAUGCCCAAGCCGGUCGCGCUCCUACCGAGGAGCUUGCAAUGCAACCUGGUCCGCUCCCACGGUUCGAAGGAAUUGUCGUCGACACUACCGCUCCUGCGCGUGAGUCCGGCACUACCAGUCCCCCACCAGCUACCGCUGCUGGUGCGGCGCCAAUUCGUGUUCCUCCGUUGAACCCAGAGGAUGUGAACAAGUUCGUGUCGUUGUUUGAGAAAUCGGACGUGUCGAGAAGUGGGAUCAUCUCUGGCGAGGCGGCGAAGCAGAUCUUCGAACGUGCAAGACUCCCUAACGAAAUCCUCGGUCGGAUAUGGAACUUGGCGGAUACGAAACAGCGCGGCGCUCUCGAUGCCACCGAAUUCAUCAUUGCUAUGCAUCUCUUGACUUCCUACAGAUUGGGUUCCAUGCGAGGUAUCCCCCAGACGCUACCACCUGGUCUCUAUGAUGCCGCCGCCCGCCGUGGCUCUGCCCGUUCCUCCAUCGGCUCUCGACCGGGUCUCGAUGUCCCGCCUGUUCCGGCGAUACCGAAGCAGUUCACUGGACCGCAGCGUACGCAAAGUCCUAUCAACAGGACGUUUGGAUCUCCUGUGUCGGCCCAGGCCACGGGCGGCGACUGGCUCAUCACGCCGCAGGAAAAGAUGCACUUUGAUAGCAUCUUCUCAACCGUCGACACGGCCCAGGCGGGAACUAUCAGUGGUGACCAGGCUGUGGCCUUCUUCAUGAAUGCUCAGCUGCCUGAGGAAACUCUUGCGCAAAUCUGGGACCUCGCAGACAUUGAUGCCGAUGGUCAGUUGAGCAAAGACGAAUUCGCGGUGGCGAUGUAUCUGGUCCGACUCCAACGCAGUGGUAAAGACCAAUUGCCCCAGACCCUUCCCCCCGCCUUAAUUCCCCCCAGUAUGCGCCGCCCCGGAUCGGCCCAGAUGGGUGCCAUUCCGCCCCAAGCUCCUGCUCCCGCUCCCGCUCCCGUUCCCGUUCCCGCUCCUGCGCCGGCACCUCAGGCUCCUCGCUCUGCUGCGGAAGAUCUCUUUGGUCUGGACAGCUUCACAGCUCCUGCUGCGCCGGCCGCGCCUGCUGCGCCGUCACAGAUCCCUCAGUCUACGGGAGGAUCGCACACGCCGUUCCAGACGCCCGGAUCUCCGUCAUCUAGAACCUCUCCACCCAGCGCAUCCGCAACGACGUUCAAGCCAUUCAUCCCCACUUCGUCCUUCGGCCAGAGUAUUCAGCCCCAGGUGACGGGAGCGUCGGCUGGAACGCCCCAGCCCGUUCGCUCUCCCCCGCCUCCUGCCGAUGACCUUCUCGGAGACAACGACCCCGAGGAGUCCAAGAAAUUGACCCAAGAAACCACUGAGCUUGCGAACCUCUCCAAUCAGAUUGGUUCGCUCGCAAAUGAGAUGCAGAACGUUCAAACCAAGCGCACCUCGGCCGAACAAGAUCUCUCCCAGACCUCUCAGCAAAAGCGUGACUUUGAGACCCGUCUCGCACAAGCUCGUGCGAUGUAUGAACAGGAGGUCAAGAAUUUCAAGGCCCUGGAGGAGCGUCUGAACGCAUCCAAGGCGGAAACCCAGAAAUUGCAGCAAGAAUAUGCUUUGAUUGAGGGUAGUCGGCAAGAUCUGCAAAAUCAGUAUGAUCAGGUGUCUGCUGCUUUGACUGCGGACCAGCAAGAAAAUGCUAGCUUGAAGGAGAAGAUCCGUCAAGCUAAUGCCGCGGUUGCCCAGCUGAAGCCCGCCCUUGAAAAGGCUCGGUUAGAUGCCCGUCAACAUAAAGGACUUGUUGCAAUUAACAAGAAACAACUCGCCACCGUAGAAGGCGAACGCGAUAAGCUCCAAGAGGAAAUGGAAAGCUUGUCCAAGGAGCAGCCUCGGGAAUCCGACGAGAGCACGACUGCAGCUGGUGUUACCCCUGCUGUAACCAGUCCUGCACCCUCGACAACCAGCCAGAACACGAAUCCUUUCUUCAAGCGCACGGCCACGGGCUCCAGUGACGGUCAUGCGUUGUCGCCUCAGCUCUCGAACGAUCAGCGGAGUGCCUUCGAUAGCCUAUUCGGGCCUCCCUUCACAGCUCCAUCGAAUGCUGCCACCCCUCCGCCGCCAACGUCUUUCCGUGCGGACUCCCGACCUACCUCCGCUAAAUCUCCCGUGACAUCCGGGGUGCCGACCCCUUCAGUGUCUCCUCCACCCCCGUCUGGUGGGGUUGGAAUGAUUCCCACACCAGCCGAAUCACGACAGCUAACACCUAACGCCCUCCCACUCGGAGAGACCCAGUCGCCGACUUCUUCGACCCAGGUGUCCCCGCCUGGUAGUCGAUUCGGUGGGCAGGAGACACCUAAUGUAGGAGCCGGGUUACAGGCUGGGCCUACGGAGCCAGCUCCCACUUCGGCUCCCCAGGAUAGUACCGAAGAUGUGAGUCAGAAAUUCCCAGAGAUCCCCGACGCUGCCGAACAGGUUGCAAGCUCUGGAGCCUCACAUGAAAAUGAGCCUCAGCAAGAAAAGAAGGAUCUGUCUUUCGAUGAGCUCUUCGGUGGACCAGCCCACAAGCGUUCGCAGUCACAAAAGGAAAAUGACUUUGAAGAGGCGUUCGCCAUUAUGAAGCAGAACACCGGAGGCAAGGCCAAUGGAACGUCCGCUGCUGCGGAGUCCGAAUUUCCGCCUAUCCGCGAGCUAGAUGAUGACGAUGGUGAUAGCACCGACAGCGAAGCCCCCAUGGGGUUCGAUGACAACUUCACUCCUGUUGUGCCGCCCCAGAGUCAGGUGGCUUCUGCCAAACCCGAGACCAUCGAACCCUCUCAACUCGCAGCCUUCCCUGUCCCAGGAACUGCGACCAGCCCCACCACCCAGCAGCCCCCUUCCGCGGACUCGCAAGUCAGCCCUCCAAAGUAUGAACAGAGCGUGAAGCAGGAUCAGGGUGAUGUACCGGAGUUUAACGGCCUUCUACCCAAGCGAGCAGAUCCUACUGCUGCUCCUGAUGCGCCGCACUCUGUAGAAUCGAGUACUGGUGCUCCCAUUGUGGGAGGAGAACCGCAGAAGGACAGUGGAGCGGUUGCCGAGAAGAAGCCCAGUGGAACCGACUUUGAAGCCGCUUUUGCUGGUCUCGACCUCGCGCCGGCCAAGGAAACCGAGGACGAUGACGACGAGGAAGAUUACGAGACACCUGGCAGCAAGGGCAACGGCAACGUGGAUUUUGACUUCUCAUUCGACAAUCCCCAAUCGUCACAGCAGAAGACCCCAGCUGGCGGCGCCGCGUCUUCUGAUUUCUUCAACUUCGACAAGGGUGUCGGCGCCUCGUCCCCUGGUGGUGCAGCCGCAGCAACUGCAUCGUCCACAGACCCCAACGCGAAAUCCCAAGCCCCUGACUGGGACGCCCUCUUCGCCCCGCUCGACAACGUGAACCCAGCUACAUCCGCCAGCCCCAGUCCCACUAAUGGUGCACCUCCUGCGACGGGACCGAAGGAGCCCGGCUGGGCUCUACAGACCGGCACGGAAGAUGAUCAGAUCCUUCAGCGCUUGACAGGGAUGGGAUUCCCUCGUGAAGAGUCGCUAGCUGCGCUCGAACAGUUCGACUACAACCUCGACAAGGCGGUUGAUCAUCUCACCUCGAAGUCGUAA